AUGGCAUCGCAUACACACAUAUCAUAUUCAAACACAUUAUACACCAGUGCAUCCAGUUCUAAAAUAGAUAUCAAGGAACUGAAUAUAAUAGAAGAUUGGGAUGGUAGGCCAGCAAGUGACUGGUCGGUGUCUAAGAUUGGCUUAUUACAAUCAAAGAUCGAACAUUUCACAUACAGGAUAUAUCACAGGAACAGAUUUGGCAAACAUAAUCUGGCUAGAGUUAUACCAGCUUAUAUCUUGAAACAGUUUGCUAAUGAAUCAUUUGGGUUUAAUGGUUGGAAGAUGGAAAUUUUGACUGUUGAGGCUACCGAGUGUGUAAAAGUACCAGUUGCUCAAUCUUCUUUGCAUUUGAAUGAAAUGAUGGAUAAGCAUCUAGAUGAUCCUACGGAUCAUUACAUGAAUAGUGAGUUGUCUACUGCACUCAAAGAUCAAGAUUUUAAUUAUAUGGUUAUUGCAGAAGCUGAAGUAAAAAUUAUAUUAAAAGAUGGUACAAACACAAAACGAUCAGGUGUAGGAAAGGCAACAAUGCCAUCAAAAGGGAACUGUUUCAGUAGAGCCAAAAAAGAGGCUGUUAAUGAUGCAUUAAAAAAAUGUUUGCUUGGAUUCGAACAAAUAAUUCUGGAUUAUGAUACAAAAGUAGAAAAUAAUUAUUUUAUUGAUGGACUCUAUGUGUCCAAGAUUAAAGUUAAAUCAGAGGAAUGA